AUGGUCCUUCACAACCCCAACAACUGGCACUGGGUGAAUAAGGAUGCCUCUGCUUGGGCCAAAAACUAUUUGAAAGAGAAGCUUUGCGCGCUGUCCGUUGAGGAAGAUGGCGUCUCCGCGAAGAUUUCGAACAUACUGACUAUGGAUGGCGACGUAGACGUCAGCCAGAGAAAGGGCAAGGUCAUCACUUUGUUCGAUGUCAAGUUACAGCUAGAGUACGAAGGUAAGACGAAGGACGAGGAGUCCGUUAGUGGCACCAUUACUAUUCCUGAGGUUGCCCACGACACGGAGGAGGAUGAGUACGUCUUUGAGAUCGAGAACUACUCGGAUUCCGCCUCCAAGCAACCGGUGAAGGACCUCGUUCGUUCGAAGGUCGUUCCUCAAAUAAGACAAGAGCUUGUCAAGCUUGCUCCCGCUCUGAUCGCCGAGCACGGAAAGGACAUCCAACAUGCUCCUGGCGUUAACCCUUCCAGCGGUUUCGCUACACCAGCCUCCUAUCCCCAGACUUCCAAGAGUGCUAGCCCUGCUCCCCAGACUACUACCACCACCACCACCAACAAGGUCGCUGUCAACACCACCACUGUCACUGCCUCGGAUGAGUUCCGUACCACCGCUGAGGAGCUGUACAUCACCUUCACUGAUCCUCAACGUAUCGCGGCUUUCACCCGUGGAGCACCUCGUCAAUUUGACGGCGCGCAAGUUGGUGGGAAGUUCUCCAUCUUCGAUGGCAAUGUCAAUGGAGAAUUUGUGAAGCUCGACAAGCCUAAGCAGAUCGUCCAGAAAUGGCGCCUGGCACAGUGGCCUGAAGGCCACUUCAGCACUCUCGAGAUCAACUUCGAUCAAAACGACGUUGAUGCCGUCACCCAGAUGCGUGUCAGCUGGACCGGCGUCCCUGUCGGCCAGGAAGAUGUGACCAAACAGAACUGGGACGUCUACUACGUCCGCAGCAUCAAGCAGACUUUCGGAUCCCAUUCUACAUCUUGGAGACAGUUGCUGAUUGCUUUGCUUGUUCUUUUCAUCGGUAUAGUACUUGCCGAUUGGGGUUUGAAGGCAUCGAAGACCGUGCCUUCAGCAGCACGCCAGGGCGUGACUCGUAUUGUGGGCUGGCAUGGCCUUUUGUAUCUCAAAGCAGGCAUUUGA